AUGAGCUACACGCUGGAGCCGCUCGGCAACCCGUCCUACCGGCGGGUGGCCGAGAGCCGGACCACCUUCAGCCGGGCCAGCGUGUCGCCGUCCAGCGGCUUCCGCUCGCAGUCAUGGUCGCGCAGCUCGCCCAGCACCGUGUCCUCGUCCUACAAGCGCAACGUGGCGGCGGCGGCGGCGCGGCCCUCCUACGGCUCCACGGUGCUGAGCUCCUCCGAGAGCCUGGAGCUGAGCCAGUCGUCGCUCUUCAACGGCGCCGGCGGCGAGCUGAAGCUGAGCCGCUCCAACGAGAAGGAGCAGCUGCAGGGCCUCAACGACCGCUUCGCCGGCUACAUUGAGAAGGUGCACUCGCUGGAGCAGCAGAACACGGAGCUGGAGCGCGAGAUCGCGGCGCUGCGCCAGCGCCAGGCCGGCCGCGCGCAGCUGGGCGACGCCUUCGAGCAGGAGCUGCGCGAGCUGCGCCGCGCCCUCGAGCAGGUCGGCCACGAGAAGGCGGCGCUGCAGCUCGACUCCGAGCACCUGGAGGAGGACAUCCAGCGCCUCAAGGAGCGCUUCGAGGACGAGGCGCGCCUCCGCGACGACGUCGAGGCCGUCACGCGCGCCCUGCGCAAGGACAUCGAGGAGGCGUCCAUGGUCAAGGUCGAGCUGGACAAGAAGGUGCAGUCGCUGCAGGACGAGGUGGCCUUCCUGCGCGGCACCCACGAGGACGAGGUGGCCGACCUGCUGGCCCAGAUCCAGGCCUCGCACGUCACCGUCGAGCGCAAGGACUACCUGAAGACGGACCUCUCGGCCGCCCUCAAGGAGAUCCGCUCGCAGCUCGAGUGCCACUCCGACCAGAACAUGCUCCAGGCCGAGGAGUGGUUCAAGUGCCGCUACGCCAAGCUCACCGAGGCCGCCGAGCAGAACAAGGAGGCCAUCCGCUCGGCCAAGGAGGAGAUCGCCGAGUACCGGCGGCAGCUCCAGGCCAAGAGCAUCGAGCUCGAGUCCGUCCGCGGCACCAAGGAGUCCUUGGAGCGCCAGAUCUCCGACAUCGAGGAGCGCCACAACCACGACCUCUCCACCUACCAGGACACGAUUCAACAGCUGGAAAACGAACUGAGAGGCACAAAAUGGGAAAUGGCACGUCAUCUGAGGGAAUACCAGGAUCUCCUCAAUGUCAAGAUGGCGCUUGAUAUUGAAAUUGCUGCAUACAGGAAACUUCUUGAGGGUGAAGAGACAAGAUUCAGUGCUUUCUCUGGAAGCAUCACUGGGCCAACAUUCACACAUAGGCAACCUUCUGUAACAAUAUCAACUAGCAAAAUACAGAAAGCAAAAGCUGAACCUGCAAAGCUAAAGGUCCAGCACAAAUUUGUAGAAGAAAUAAUUGAAGAGACAAAAGUAGAAGAUGAGAAAUCUGAACUAGAUGAAGCUCUUGCAGCCAUGGCUGAAGAACUGGCUGGUGGAGCUGUGCCUGAAGAGAAGAAGGAGGAAGAGGAGGGAGAAGCAGUAGAAGAGGAAAUUGUGGCAGAAGCAGAAGCCAAGGUUGCAGCAGCAGCACCAGAAGCUGGAGAAGAAGGAGAGGAAGAAGAGGGUGAGGAAGAAGAAGAAGCAAAAUCUGAUGAGGCAGAAGAAGGGGGAUCUGAAAAAGAAGAAGAAAAGAGUGAAAAGGAAGAAGGUGAGGAAGAAGCAGGUGAGGGAGAAGCUGAGGAAGAAGCAGGUGAGAGCAAGGCAGAAGAGGAGGCUGAAGAAGCUGAAGGAGAGGGGGAGGAGACCAUCACACCAGCCAAGGUAGAAAAGGCCAAAGCGUCUCCACCUAAAUCUCCUGUGGCAGAUGAAGCAGAGGCAAAAGAAGUGAGUAAGGAAGGUGGAGAUGAGAAGGAAGAAGAACAGAAAGAAGAGGAAGCAAAAGAAGAGGAGAAAGCAGCCUCCCCAGCAAAGGCAGGUUCUCCAGAGAAAGCAGCAUCACCAGAAAAAGCAGGGACUCCAGAGAAGGCAGCCUCUCCUGUGAAAGCUGGGACCCCUGAGAAAGGGUCUCCUGAGAAACCUAGCACUCCUGAGAAACCUGGAACCCCAGAAAAGGCCGCAUCUCCAGAAAAAGCUGCAACCCCAGAGAAAGCUGCAUCUCCAGAAAAAGCUGGAACUCCAGAGAAAGCUGCAUCUCCAGAGAAACCGUCCUCUCCAGUAAAAGCUGAAACUCCAGAGAAAGCUGCAUCUCCAGAGAAAGCUGCAUCUCCAGAGAAAGCUGCGUCUCCAGAGAAGGCAGGGAGUCCAGUGAAAGAGGUAGAAGAAACCAUCUCAAUCACCAAGGCAGCAAAAGUUGGCUCAGAGAAAGAACUGAAGGUAGAGAAGAAAGAAAAAAGUGAGAAGGUCUCCAAGGACUCCACCAAAGAAGACAUAGCCGUGAAUGGAGAAGUGGAGGACAAAGGGGAGGUAGAGAAAGACUCGAAGGCCAAGCAAAUAGAAGAAGAAGAUAAAGGUGUUGUCACUAAUGGUCUGGACAUAAGCCCCACUGAAGAGAAGAAAGGGAAGAGUGAAGAGAAAGUUGUGGUAACCAAAAAAGUAGAAAAAAUCACUAGUGAAGGGGAUGCUGGGACCACCACUUACAUCACGAAGUCUGUGACUGUCACACAGAAGAUGGAAGAGCAUGAAGAAACUGUUGCAGAGAAACUGGUAUCCACCAAGAAGGUAGAGAAAGUCACUUCUUCACAUGCUGUAGUGAAAGAAGUUAAAGAGAGCGACUAG